UAAUUUGUAAAAAGCUGUUUCCUCUGGCAUGUUACGCGUGGUAGUGUGGGUUUUCUUACAGUGAACGUUGAUGGGGCCUCCUGCAUCCCGGGCAGCAUCUCAGCGCUGGACACGUGGCAGUGAGAGCAGAAAUGCUAGCGGUGGCUGAGGGGCGAGGCCCGGGUGGAAGCCCCUGAUGCAGGGUUGUGCAUGUGCAGAAUCUGAAAGCUGUGAGACUUGGCGAGCCCGCAGUGGAGGGGGGUGUCUGAGCCGCAAGGAGGGUCUGGCCUGAGCUGCAGGGCACCCCCCCAGAGCCCACUGUAGGUGUUGGAGGGCUGAGGAGAGUGCAGAGGGCCUGGGAGGCGAGGGAAGGAGUGAGGCGGCCAGGCUGGGUCAGGUGCUCCACACGCGUCAGGGAGAGGAGGACCUGCAGGGACUGUCGACGUGACUUUGGCAAGCUCUGUGUCCGCAGAGCUGGAGCUGAGCUGGCUGGGGCAGGAGUCAGUGUGGGAAUUAAGGAAAAAACAAGCAGGUAGGGUAGAGAGCCAGACUACCAUCAAAGCAUGAGUUUUCUGCUGUCCGGCUCCGCCGUGACGCCACUCCUCCCACCAGAACGAGCGCGUUUGUCUCCACACUCUCCCCUGCUUGUCAUUGAGCUUUGUUCGGUUUAGGAAGCACGAACAGAAAGGUGGCUGUGACAGGCAGUGGGCUGGAAAGUGCAUUUCCACCGGUCUGCCCUCUCCUGGGACAAGGUGAGCUUGGUGCUUAGCACUGGGCCGUCCCGACUCCAGGAGAAACGCCAGUCCUCCAGGCACGGGAGGCUUUUCCUCCUCUCAGUAUUGCAGCAGGCAGCGCACAGCCCUUCUGUCCAAAUCUGGGAACCUGAAAGACCGUCGGAAUCUUGCUGUUUUAGACGUUGUAAGAGGAGCGGGUAGGACCCCACGCGCUCAGGCCCCACGCUUUGGAUCUACCCCCUCUGCAGCCAGAGGGACAAGCAGCUGCUGUGCUGGUCAUGGCCUCAUCCCGUGUGUGACGAUGGCCACUCACGUCUUCUCAUUCUACAGAAUUUAUCACCAUGCGUCAGACUUUUAUUUGGAUUUUGUGCGUCUUGCAUGUAUGGUGGGGAUGACCGGCCCCACCUCCAAGUGUAGGCGCUGGAGCCCCUGGGGACGCAGCGCUGCUUGUUCCUGACAGAUGGGUUGCACCCGUGGGAGGGGUCCAGAUGCGUCAGCUCUUGGGAGUCAGUGAUGGGUGUACCGGGAAUGGCCUGGCGUGCAUUUCCAUUCAGAAACUCCCAGUCCCUGCCUGGAACCUGGCUCCUUUUGCUGUUUUUUGCCCCCUUUCCUGUCCCUUUCCUGGGUGGCUGGUCCCUGCUGUCGCCCCUGCCUCCCUGGCUGCAGAGCUUUCCUCUGGAGGACUCCACACAGAGCCUGCGCCGUCUCUGACUCCAGGCUCUGCUGCCCUGCCCCACUUUGGUCUCUCAGGUUGGAGUUGAGGUUGCAUCUGCUGAGAGCCGUGCCCACAGGUGAGGUAGCAUCAGGGUCCUGAGCCAGUCUACUGUCCCCUGGCCGUGGGUUUGGAGCUGCCAGCCACCCUUCCCUGAGAACCCAGCCUAUGACUCGGCUCCCCUUGGGCCUGCCCCAUCUUUCCCUCCUGCCCCGGUCUGUCCUGCGGCCCCCUCAGUCCUCAUGGCCAAGUCAGCCAACAGCAACCCACACACAGAGGCCACUUCUGGAUGGGUGUCUGGCAAGGUGUGGGUCUGAAUUCAGCCUUUUGCCUCGCGUGCCUACCCCCGUGUCCUGGGCUCUCCAAGAGCCACCUUAGGAAGAUGGGGAGUGGGUCUGGACCACUGAGCAACUGGUCAUUCUGCAUCAGCUCCUGAAAGUCCCUUGUGGACCAGGACCCUGAUGAGGACAAGCUCUUAGCUCAGAACAACACAGAAUCCAGCGCUGGCCAUAGGACGGCUGUCUAAUGGUCCUUCUCUAGAAACCUCUCUGUGCCAUUCUGAAAGUGGAAAAUGCUGGCAUUGGUCAUGCGACCUUGCACAGCUGACUAUUUUCAUGGUCUCUCCACCGACUCUGGCCCCUUCGUGUUUUGUGGAGAGAAUAGCAGACCCCGCCCCCUGCCCCAGUGUUAAGAGGUGACUUAGACACCCUCACCUUGAAGUUUUCACAUAUUUUCUAUCUAUAAUAUUUGUAUACUUCACACGAAGCCUUAUUAGUGGAUAAAUAUAAUAAACUCCUUCCUAUUGAAAUAAAAUUUGAGAAGAACAUGGUAUGUGCCAGCCAAAGCCCAAAUUCAAAUGAACCCUUCUGUGAAGGGGAAGAAUCAGUCUUGUUGAGAGAAUGUAAUUUAGAUGCAGAAAGAAUCCCAGCUGCCUAGAAAUCCCCGUUGCCAACAGCAGGCGAAAGGAACCACUCAUGGGAGGGAAUGUCGCAGGGCAUCGGCAGGUCGGGCGGCAGCGCAGCAGCCGUGAGAACGCAGGACUCUCACUUCCGGGCUGUGUCGCCAACAUUGGCAACCAGUCGUCACCUGCCAACAGUGCCACCCACUUGGGGGAGCAUGGAUGGUAUUGGUCGGGCUCUAUCCAGCUGUUUGUUAGCAGUGAGUACAAAAAAAUAAAAAAAUGAUAUUUUUUAGCUGGUCAGAAAUGACUUGAAAGACCUCAGACUGUUGAGUUAACUUAAAACAGCCCCUCCUUUGCAUCUAACAAAGUAAUAAAAUUGUGUGUGUUCAUCCAGUGGGUAAAUAUGCAGCCUCUGCUGUUUCAAGGAAAGUGAAAGGCUCCGCAGUAUGUGUUAUCUUGCCCUCCUUAAGGCUGCUUUUCCUCUGAAUGUCCUUGGCUCAGAAAGCUGGUUGUCAGGGAGCUUCACUGGGGUCUCUGAGGGGACUUCUCCAGAGGAGCUGGUGAAGGAGCGCGUGAGGACACAGGAGAGCAGCAUCUCUGGCUGGCACUCUGCCCGGCCGGGCAGGUUGAGCCCACUUUCACAACCCUGAGGCGGUCACAGCCGGACCGUCAGGGGGAACCCACUCUCACAGUCCUGGGUGGUCACUCAGCUGGCCUGGCAGGUGGCACCCAGUCUCACAGCCCUGAGGCAGUCACAGCCUGACCGUCAGGGGGAACCCACUCUCACAGUCCUGGGGUGGUCACUCAGCUCUCCCGGCAGGUGGAACCCACUUUCACAGCCCCGAGGCGGUCGGUCACUCAGCCUAGCCCAGCCCAGCAGGUGGAACCCACUCCCCACUGUCACAGCCCUGAGGCGGCGGGGGCGUCCUCCACCCCGCUCUUCCUGGAGAGACGCCAGUGUGUGGGUUUGGAAGUGGAGUCUAUUUUAAGUUUGCAGUUCCUGAAGGAGCCUGUGUUUGCUGUGCUGUCUCCACAUGGUCACAGCCUUGAAGCCUCCAGCCUUUUAAGGGCAAGCCUCUGCCUGGCUGCCUGUGGUCGGGGCAAGCCGCUACUUACGUUCCCUGAGGUCGGGGCAAGCCGCUACUUACGUUCGCGGUGCCUGUUGCAUUUUCCCACCUAAGAGGACACAGGAGGUGGUGGAAGGGGAGUGGAACUAAGGCGGGGGACUUGAGAGCAAACUGUGAGUGUCCAGAGCUAUAGGAGGUUCGGAGAAAACACCGAGGGCUCCUCCUGCAGGGUGAGAAACCCUCCUGUUUCUGAUUGCCUCAUGCACCACCAUGCUCAGGUCACCCGGCAGGCACCCCUCCCUGGGGCUGAGCCCAGAUCAACGCAGAGCAGUUUCCUAGGGCUGCGGUAAGCAGCUGCCUUGCACUUUGCGGCUAAAGCAGCACAGAUCUAUUAUCCUAAGUUCUGGAGGCCAGGAGGCCUCCAAUCAAGGUGUCAGCAGGGCUGGUCGCUCCUGCAGGCUCCUGGCCUUCCCAGCUUCUAGAGGCUGCCUGCGUAUAUGGUCUUGUGACCCCUCCUCUAGUCACCUCUCCUCUCUGCUGGCCCCUGCUGCCUCCCUUUUGCAAGAACCCCUGUGAUGACAUUGGGCCACUCAGUCCAGGAAACCCCCCAUCAAGAUCUUCAACCCCAUUUGCUCAGCCCCUUUGCCACCCGAGGUCCCAUGUCCCAGGAGCUGGGGAUCAGGAUGAGGCUGUCCUUGGGGCCCUGUUCUGUGCACCACAGUCCCCACCUUGGGCCGACAAGAAGGCCCUGUGGAGACUGGCAGCCACAGGCCCUGCUCUGGGUGGCCCUUCAGCUUCUUCUCACCUCCCAUGUGGCUGGAGAGGAGGGUCUCACCCACCACAGAGAUGGGCCUUCUGCCUCAGAGAAGGCAUGGAGCAGCGGGGCUGGCGUCAGCAGCUGUGCCUUGCGUUUUCUGGCAGCUGUGAGCAGCCCUGCCUUGCCAGCUUGGUCAGCAGAGCCUUGCGUCUGCCGUGGGCUGGCUGCACCCCUCCGGGGCCCUGGCCCAGGCCCAUCCCUGUCCCCACGUGGUACACACCGUGGGGAGAGGUGGACAUAGGCUGUCCCAUGUGUGGUGACAGGUGGUCUCCAUAGCCAUGUCUGGCACAGGGUUGCCCAUCCGGGGGAGGGAGGCCUCUGGGAGGAAGAGAGGGGAGACUGUUUUGUCCAUCGUGGAAGUUCAAGAAAACCAGAAAAACCCCUACAGGGGUACCUGGAAGCUGUUGGUGCUCAGAAGCUCUUCCCACCUACAGAUCUUGUGAUGGGGCCUGCAGGUGAGUGCCCACCGGCUGCCAAGGAGAGCCUCAAGCCGCACAGUUGGGGCCCUGCCGGCCAGUGGGGGUAGGUUUGCUGCGGGCUGCACAGUGCUGGCCUCCUGAGCCCUUCACCUUCCACAGACAACAGCAUCCUCAUCUCUGCCCAGGAGGUCUGCUCCUUUCUCCUGGGCCCCCCUCCCCACUCUGCCUUCAGAGCCCCUUGUGCUUUGGCCCCCACCCUGCCAGCCCCCUCCCUGCGCCCCCCUCCUCACCACCCAGUCCUUCAUGCAGCCUUUCCUCUCCCUGGGCUUGCAGGUCUGCCCCACCAAGCCCCCAUCCCAGGACGCAGCCAGGCUGUCUGCCCUCUGCGAGCAGGUGUGGCACACGUGUUGCUGGUUCAUCCCGUGGGCUUACAGGGCGGCUCCUGUGCAGACCUCUAGUGGGCGUGGGACUUCAGGCAGCAGCCUUUGGCCCCUGCCGGCCCACACCCCAGGACCCAUGCCACAGCGCCUACUGAGGGAAGGAGACCAAAGGGCAUGCACCAUAUCAGGUCUCGAGAGGGACAGAGCCAGGCAGGAGCCUGGGCAGGCGUCAGCAGGGCCCUCAUGUGUUCCUGGGUCCCACUGUCCUUCCCGCUGCCCAGGGCAUGGCCAGGCCGGAGGCCUCGGUGUGCCGUUGGGACCAGGCCUGGGAACCCCUCUGGCUUGUUUCCCCUUUUUAGUUACACAAAUACUUUAUUAUCACUUCUUAAAAUUUAGGAAUUUUAGGAAGGAACAAGGAAGAUAGCUUUAGAGUUAUAUACAUUUUCUUUUACUUGCCAUUAGAGUCUUCCUAGACCCUGUUUUUUAAAGAUGCCUGACUCUCCACGCCCGGCUGUGACCAAGCCUGCCGCCCCUCCAUCAUAGCUGCUGCUCAGUGUCCGGCACAUCCUGUACUGGGUGCUGAGGGGACCCAGGGAGGGUGUGGUGAGAGGAGGACCCUGGCCAGGCAUCCCUGGGACACGGCUGCCCAGCACGGGCAUUUUUUCUUUUAUGGAGGCUCAGAAGUGAGGCCUGAGAACACAAGAGAAACGGCCUCGGUAGACCCUGGCCCCACUUUCUUCCCAAUCUCAACCACCUUCGACGACUCAGUCAUCCAUGUCUGCGUCUCUCCCCCUGCUGUCCUCUGUAACCCACGGGUGACUGACGCAGCCAUUGUCCCUGUCUCCAGGGCAGCGGCACAGGAGCGUGUGGCCCUCCCGAGGCCCCUCCCGCACGCCCUGUGGGCACCCUGGCUCCCAUCGCCGCAGGGUUCCCUGUCUCAAUAGUAGCCUCGCCUUCUGAUGUCUUGUGGUCAGAUGUUUGCUGGAAAGGGCCACAGAGCCCCAGCGAAAAUCCAGACUCAAAGAUGAGACUGAAACGGGAAGUGUCAGCAUUGUUUUAGGGUUUUUCACUUCAAAAGCCAAUAAUCCUCUGAAGCAGGGCCCUUCUGCACUCCUUCCAGGCUCAGCAACUACCUGACAAAGGAACGAGGGGCUGAAGCGGAACGUACUGGAAGCCCUGGCCAGCAGGUGGCCAGUGGGACGCUGACUUGAAGCCUCUUUGAAGCAGUCAUGGGAGCAGUGGGAACAAUUGCCCCGUAAUUGUUGGACAGUGUCACACAACUAGACAGGCACCUACUUGAAUCACAGAAUGGAGCUGUGUGGUGUUUCUGUGACACUGGGAUGAAGCUGCAGGCACGAGCAGGGGUCUGCACAGCCGACCACGGGGACAGACAGGCGUGCGGCUGCCACUCACCUGCACGUGGUGGCCAUGUGACAUGCACAGGCCCUUACACCACCCCAAGCUCCUAUCCGUACCAGUGUUGGAAGAAGCCGCUCAAUCAGCAGUUGGUUUGCUUUGAUUUUACCUUAAAAUCCUGACGCUAUCCUGGUCAUAAUGAGCUCUCAUCCGUGUGUGGGGUCCUUACACUGAGGACACCAGGUCUAAACACAAGUGGGAAACGUCAGUGUUUACAUCUUACUUCAGAUGCCUAAAAACAGAGUCUUCGGGGAGCAAGGAGGAACCGUUCCUCAGAUUUCCAAAGGUCAUGCCCCGAGGGGGCAGCUUGGUGGACUGGAGCCGUCUGAAAAAGAAGGUGGUGGGUCGGGAGCCCUGAGCCUCCUGCUUGGGCCAAGGCAUGCCCACAGGAGACCUCUUGCCCGCUCACGGACUCGGGGGCCUGAGGGAUCCCUGAGGAAGCUGUGAGUGGUGGGCAGCCGUCUGGCUGUAGGAGAUGCAUCAUCUCAGCUUCUUUAUAACAGGGCCAGCCUGUGCUGCUGAGGGUGGACCAGAGCCACACAGCAUGGGGCGGAGGAGCUGUAAGGACUGGAAACCUUUCUAAAUCUCUGCCACCACUUCGUGAGCCCACUCUGAGGUGUGCCCCUCCCUAGAUUCUCACAGCAAGCUUGGCUGCAGGUGGGGCCAGCCUGAUUUUUCUCCCAUCAUGUACGUAAGAAAAUGGGCUCGAGGGUGGGACCUCCCCAGUCUCCCAGAUGGAAUGUGGUGGGUCCCGGUUCAGGCUCAGUCAGGGCUCUCCUGAGAACAGGACGCACGGGAUGAACAGAUGUGGAGACAGUUACGAGGAUUCUGGAGGCUCAGAAGCCCCAAGAUCUGCUGUCUGCAAGCUGGAGACCCAGGAGAGCCAGUGGUGCAAGUUCCAGUCCAAGGGAAGACCAGUGUCCCACCUCAACAGGCCACUGUCAGACCCCCAGUGGACUGGAGGAUGCCUGCCCACGCUGGGGAGUGCCGCCUGCCUUCCCGAAUCCACCAGGUCACAUGCUGAUCUCAUCCCCCACAGAUACACCCCAAAAAUCACAUUUGACCAAAUACCCGGGCAGCUGUAGUCCAGUCGGGUUGGAUGUCUAAAGCUGAUCUGUACGAUUGCUAACUCGCUUCGCCCUCCGAGCCGUGCAUCUCACUCCUCAGACACAAAUGCUGGUGCUCAUUCCUGCCCCAAGCUCCUAUCCGUACCAGUGUUGGAAGAAGCCGCUCAAUCAGCAGUUGGUUUGCUUUGAUUUUACCUUAAAAUCCCGACGCUAUCCUGGUCAUAAUGAGCUCUCAUACAUCCGUCCCAAAGAGGGACAUGUGUCCAUUGCAUUCGUGGGGUUAAAGCAAUGAGAAAGCCUGCAAGGCAGGAAGCUUGGGGUUGGGGGCUCCAGGGGAGCAAGGAAGGGUUGGGGGCUCCAGGGGUGGAAGGGGGUGCCCUGUGACUUCUGAGACACUGCAUUUGAAGUAGAGAGCCUUCUCUUCUGGACUCCUGCUCGCUUUAUCUUUGUAUGAACUGUUCCCUGCAAAAUAAAUACACAGGCCUCUGCUGGCUCCUGCCUAGGCCAGGAUGGCUCGAGGCUUGGUGAAGUCCCCAAGGAGGGAGGGCCACCUCCGCUGGCUCUAUUUUUUUCUGUCCCAGACACACUGGAGGCCUGGAUUUGUGGAAGAUGAAGGGACAUACUGAGUUGCAUCAUCAGGCUGGCAUCUGAGCCGCCUUUGCAAGCCCUAGUUUGUCCUUGUAUUUGGAAUGCUGGAGGCUCGAGUCAGGAUCCGGGUCCCAUCGACGUGUAUUUGUGCUUUCAAGAUGGCUGGGGCUUUUAGCCUUGGCAGCUUUGCUCGGGCAGGCCUGCUGCUUUUUACAUUGGGUUUUCCAGCGACUCCACUUACAGCUGCAAAAUGGACAGUGGGCUGUAGACCCUGAACAACGUCAAGUGAGUGCAUGUUUUGAACGCCUGUUACUUUUCCGUCGCCACUCAUGGAGCGGAGGCUGUGGAGAUGUCGGUUACUUUCUGUCCCCUGGGGGCUCAGGACCCAGCUGCAGAGCCAGCCUUGAAUGAGACUACAGGGAGCCUCUGAACAGGGCCUUGAGGGGCCAAAGGGAGAAGAGCAGCCUGGAGGCCAUUGUCCGGAGCACAGCCUGGCUUAGUCUCUGGAAUGCGUGGCUGACGCUGGGAAGAGGGACGUGUGGGCAGGGCCCAGGAGGUUCUAGCUCUUAAGUGUUGGUGGAAAUGAGCUGCUAUUUCCCUAAGAAUUGUGCACAAUCCUGAACCUUGCUGCCGUUAACUGAACCUCUGGACUUUUGCUCAAACAGCUGUAGUGACGACAGAGCUUGUCCCCCGACCUCACCUCCUCCACCUCACCACCAGAGGAUGUAAAUUGGCUAACUUGGCCUUGGAAGACCAGCUUGGAGGGCAGGGCCACCUAUGCACAUGUGACCUCCAUGUUCACCCAGUGCCCACGCUCAAGAAGGGCCCACACUUGAUUUAAUGUUCAGCUGUGGCCGUCCUGAAAGUCUGAACAAGUUUUGGAGAAAAGCCUCCCGUUUUCAUCUUGCACUGGGGCCCACAGGUUAUGUCGCUGCCGUGGGCGUGUUGAGGCACCACCCCAUGCUUCCUGGAGCCCUCAUCCCUCUUGCCAUCUGGCAACAAGAGCUGGGCUGGCCUGUUGCAUAGUCUUUGAGGCCUUCAGUGGAUGGAGGAGCUCACGGCAGCAGGAAGGCCGGUGUGUGAGAGGAGCCCCGGGGAGGACCCUCACAGGACCCUGGGUCUGGAGGCCUGGGGCUCGGCGGGGAGGGCGGGGCUUGCUCUGGGCCUCAGAGAGUCAGGAGCCGUCCCUGUCUGUGUCUGGUGCGCAGAGAGGGCGGGGCUUACUGGGCUCUGGUGAGGCAAGGACUGUCCCUGUCUGUAUCUGGUAGCAGCUGCCUCCCGGUCUUUGUCCAGCUUCUUCCUUAGGCCGAGCAUUUGGCUGUGGCUGCAGGAAGCCCAGCGGGGCGUGCAGAAGGCAGGCACACAGGACAGUCACUGAGCCAUUUUCCUCUGUGGGCCUCAGGAGCUCUGUCCCUGGGGGCUCUGGGAGUUGGUGUGGGAUGUAGGCCUUAGGCACCUGCACUGGUAUAGGGCUGUCCUGGUAUGACUUCUUGGUAUUCCCAGGCUCGGAUGCCUGCUGCCAGAUAAUGUCCAGGGCCUUGGUCCAAGCAGUGUGAGCAGGCUGGACGGCCCCAGCUGGCCUGGCCUAGGCCUCCAGGGAUUCUGUCCCCAUGAGGAAGGGGCUGCACUGCAGCCUGGAUCCCAGUUCCUUACCCGGGAUCCCACCCACACUACCUGCUGAGCACCGGGCUUCAGGACUGAGGAGUCCCAUGGGAGGCACAGCACCCACCACCGUGGGCUGGGCAUCCAUCUCCUGGGCACUGCCCUGGCACUUCACACAGGGUUCCCUCCUUCCACCAACCCUUUGAGGCCGUGGCCUUAUCCUCAUUUCACCAAAGGCAGCCUGAGGUUCAGAGAAGUUAGGCAGGACAUCAAAGACACACAGCAGGCAUUUCCAACAUGGGGCCCUCUGGCCCCAGAGCUUGUGCUUGCAGCCUUCUCUCUGCCUGCAGGAACCUCACUCUGACUUUCCCCAAAAUCUGACCAAAGGGAGUGAGUGCAUUUAGCACACCUGGGCACACAUCCAUGUCAGGCGUGCCUGACAAAACCUCGGUCCUGCCUCCUUCAGGGAGGUCCUGCACCAGCGUCAGGAGCCGUUGAACUCAAAGCUUUUAUGUGGACGACAAAGGGAUUCAUCGAGAUGAGCUGCAGCUGGGCUGGAGAAGGUGUAGCGUCCAUGAGUGUUGACCUUGAUACCUGAAUGAUGUGGGGGUGUUUGUGAUUGCAGUGAGCCCUUGGGCUUGAGGCUCACUCCAUGGCCCUGAGCGCAGUGCCUGCGGGGAGGGCCCCGGAGGCAUGACUGAGGGGUUUGCAGGCCCAGCACCUCAUACAGAGCAUGCGGGUUAACGAGCUAAUUCCGUAGAGGGUGGCAAGGGACAAUGUCUUCCCCUAGUAACACACUACCCUUUGGAAACCCUCCCAGCUCAUCACUGCACCCAUCUCCCCGUCUGCUGGGGCCGGAGCUGUGGUAUGGAGUGCAGGGCUCAUGACCACCUGGGAUUUGAGUGGCUCGAGUGGCCAGGUGCCUGCCUGGGAGGGUGACGGAGCCCCAGCUGGGGCUGAGGAGGAGCAGGUGGGAGGAGCGUGCAGCCAUCCUUCCUCGACUUCGAGAAGUCGCUGGAGCAGGGGCCGAACACACACAGCUGCCAAGGUGUGGCCCCUCUCUCUGGAAACCUGCAAGGGACACGUCUGCCCUGGAAGCCUGGGCUCCCUGUUCAGAACGGAAUCCCUGGGGCCCUCCUCUCCUGUCCUGGUCUGGGGGUGCAGCUCAUCAUGUGAGGCUCUGGGCUGCUUCCUGUCCGCAAGCGGAUCCCAUUCUCAGCGCAGUCUCUUCUCCCACCCUCCUGCUCCAGGCACCUGGGUUGCACACAGGGUGCUUCUGGCUUGCAGUCCCGGAGCCCUGUGGGCCCUUGCAGCCUGGGGACGGCCUUCAGGGGGGUCUGGAGUGGUCCACUCUGCACGUUUGGCCGUGAUGCCUGGUUGGGCUGCAGCACUUCUCUUGGUGUGCACAUUCAUUGUGUGUUUAAAAAAUACAAAGUAACUGGGUGGAAGCUCUGGAGAUGCCUCUGCUCUGACAUGCUGGCUUUCAUCCCAGGGCCAAUCGAUCCAUUCCAUGAGAAACUCUUCAUGAAGGACCAGUGUGUGGCCAAAUCCUCCCUGGAGGGAGCCUCAGCCCCCAGGAUCCUCCCAGCCUGGCCAUACGGGGUAGACUGCAGCCCUGACCGGCUCGGUGGGGCGCAGGGAGCCUCGCGGUGCAGCCUGUGUUCCGGUUGGGGUGUCCGCUCUUCCCCCGAGGGGCCUCCCAGCGUCUUUGAAUGGAGCCGGGGCGACGCUCAGAGGUGAGGAGCUUGGUCUUGGUAGCGAGGAGGCUCUGAUUUCCUGUCUCCACUCAGCAGCAGCGUGACUUUGGGCAAAUUGCAGAUCUGUGAGCUCGUGUCUUCCUGGCUGCAAAGCAGGAGGAAUGAUGGCGCUGCUGCCGAGGUUGUGCAAAUGAAGGAGCCCAGCAUCUGCAGAGCGGCCUGCUCAACGCCUGUCGGUGACCUGAGAAGCGGCUUAUCAUUUCCUCCCCAGUCAGGCCCUCCUGUGGGAGGGGUGCCGGGGCUCUGAUGGCUGUACACGUGCCUGGGUUUCUGUAGAGGAUAGAGAGAGGAGAGGCAGGGAGGCUUGCCUGGGAGGCUGCUACCAAAACCAUGGAAUUCUGUCUCGGGGACGCACCUUGCAAUAAAGAAGCAGCCUCCACAGGCCCCCUGGGAAGUCACCCCCGUGGCCGUGUCUGGAGAUGAGCUCUGGGCGGGGUGCAGCCUGGGAGGGCCAGUGUGCCCCCCACCUAGGGUGGUCCUGCAGCCUUUGCCUUCUAUUGCGGAUGGUGGCGGGUUGGCCGAGCUUUGGGGACCAGUUCCCUCCAAAGUUACUAUGGCCCCAAGGCUCUGGGGACAGGGGCAGGUGGCUCUGGGCAUGGACAGAGCUUGCUCCUUGAGCAGGAAACCCUGGCUAACGAGCGAGCAGAGGCCCUGGGGCCACCAGGGGCUGUCGAGCUGCACUCUCCAGGCUGCCAGAGGCUUCCAUUAGGCACACUGAUGUUUGAUUUUGUUUCCUUGGAAGACCUGGAGUUUUUGUCGGUUCUGAGUCAUUUUUCUUGAUCUGGGCUGCCAGUUCCACAAAGAAAAUCACUUUCAAACAGAUGUGGAGGAAACUGCACCUCCUCGCUUGUCCAGACCCGGCCUGAAUUCACAUGGAAAGGAAAUCAUUUCCCCCAUGAGCUCACUGAGAGUCCAACAGCACUGUGAGGGGAGGUGGCCAGCAAGGCACCCAGCCUGAGCCGUGACCAGAGGUCCGAGCCAGAGGUGCAGCCUUGGGAUCUCAGCCUGCGGCGCUGGCCCUGGGGCCACACUCAGCAUGGGGGACGCCAGGCUGGAGCAGAGGCCAGGCCCAAACAGCCGCUCUGCCCCCGGGGACUUUGGCAAGGCUGCUGCCUACGUGAAAUGAUGGAAAGGUCUAGGCUGGCCCCAGGUCCUUUCUGGCAUGGCCUCAGGAUCUUGGCAGGAGGAUAACAAUGCCAGGAGGGGGUGUGCUGAGUCAUGUGCCUCCUCUCAGGGGCCUGGCUGCAGUGGUCAGGGGCAGGGCGGCUCAUUGUGCGGGCACCGGUGCCCUGCACCUGGGGGAGGACCAGCAACAGGACUAGCCAGGCGGCCGCAGGCCCUUAGGACACAGGGGAGGCCCAGGAUUUAUGGGAAGGAAGGAGCAGAGCACCUGAGUCUGGGGACAUCUCGGGACAGGCACUGCCCCCAGCAGCCUCAGCUUCCCCCCAUAAAAGGGACAGACGCUGCCAAUGCCUUUAGCUCCAUCACUGUCCAGGGACAGGGACUAACCCUAGACCCCUCACCCCCAAGGAGUCUUGGGCUGCAGGUCCAGCUCUGCAGAGGGGCUGCAGGGAGCAUCCAGGGCCCAUACUCGUCUGCUCAUCUCUCAGUCUCUGUGUUUAUGGAACACCGGGGGAUGCCAGUGCUGUGCCAGGAGGGGCGGUCGGUGCUGAGUGAGGCCCGCUUCCCAAAUCAGACACAUUCUUAUGAGACUAAGAUUUGUCCCUGCUCAUGGACAUUAAAAAAAUGUCAAAGACAGCAGGAUUAAGCGGAAUCACAGUGUCCUGCCCCCAGUCCCUAACAGAAUAGAAAGGAAAAACUAGAAAAAUAAUCCCAGCAGAAAACAAACAAGGCCAUACACUUUGAAAAUUUGUAGCCAAAGACCAGGUGUAGUGGCUCACGCCUGUAAUCCCAGCACUUUGGGAGGCUGAGGCGGGAGGAUCACUUGAGCCCAGGAAAUUGGGGCUGCAGUGAGCCCUGAUUGCGCCACUGCACUCCAUCCAGCCUGUGUGGCACAGUGAGACACCAUCUCAAAGAAAAAGAAAGAAAAAUUAGUGGCCAAUAAAAUAAGCAAAAGAUUUCAGAGUAGAGCAGAAGGCAGAUUCGCGUGGCUCUGACCUGCCGCCAAGCCUGAGUCCCGCUGGUACACAAGCGGAGCCCCAGGCUGCCUCUGUGCUUGGGAUCUGGAGACAGGGAGUCUUGCAAUGCCUCUGGCAGACAUGGGAAGAUACCUGUGAGUUGAAGCUCUCCGUAAGAAGUGGAGGCUCCAGGGAUGCGUUGGCCUGUGGGCAUGGCCUGAGACCAGGACUGGAUGCACCACUCUCCCUGUGAUGAGGUGAAGCCAGCUCUGGUCUGGGCCAUUUCACAGGAUUCCAGAAGCAGGAGCAGAGCCUCAGCAUUUGAACAAACCUUCUUCCACUUCGGCUGAGCUCCUCCUGCCACCACCAUCCUUGCAGCUUCCCGAAGGUGGCCUGAACACAAACUGCCUGGGCUUCCUGUGACUAAGAGGGGAAGACGAGCCUUUGCCAGGUUUUGUGGAAAGAGUUAAAACCCCUCCAGUGCUGUGUUAAAACAUAUGAGGACCCAGUCAGAGCUGCUCAGGCUUGAAGAGAAUGGAAAGGCAGGGAAGGGGAGGGCAAGUGACAGGCAAACGUCCCACAGAGAAACCCGUGACUCAGUGCUGGAGAAGGGACCACAGCAUGCGCAAGAUAAACAUGCGGAAGGCAGAGGACGCACAGCUCGUGAACAGAAAAAAAAAAUAUUCCUGUGCUUUGCCUAAGAGAACAGUUUGAUAAGAACAUGAAUUCAAUAAAAUAAAUGUCAACAAUGUAUAAGACUAAGAAAUGAAAAUAAGAUGUCAGACCUCAGGAAGCAAACAGAACCGAAACAGUGUCAGUACCAAACCAAUACAUUUCAAACAGCAACAAACGACAUAGCAAGGCUGAAAUUGCUAUUGACAGAAAUCCAUCGUUCUCCAAGUGUGGCUCCUGGACCAGCGGCCCCAGCCCCCACCUGGGAGCUUGUGGGAAAUGCAGGUGUCUAGGCUGCACCCAGGCCUGCUGGCUCAGGCGCCCUGGGGGGUGGGCCCUAGCAGCAUCUGUGUUUAGCAAGGUGAUUGCAGUGCACACUACCGCGUGAACACUGCUGCCCUAGAGGAAAGGCUGAAGACAGCCACAGUAAGUAAAGGUAAGCGUGGUAGAGGGAUGAAAACUGUUAUGAACUUUGUAUAUGUAAAACUAAUUUAUAGGAAGAUGGACAAAGGCAGUCCGGCAAAAGAAUCAUUGGUGUUCAGACCAAAGUGAUUCCAAGUGAAAUAGUUUGUGCACACAUGGGGUGAUCUUUCAAUAUGCAGAAUCCAUUUGUUUUUCUCAUUUCAGGGGAUUUUAAAAUCUAAGGUCCAUGCUGUUUGGGUGCAGAAAAUUCACUAGUUUUACUUUCAUUUGCUUAUGUUGAAAACUGAUAUUAAAAUAAACUAAGUGUAAUUUAAAAUAGCAUUGAUAGAUCUCAUUUCAUGAAAGCAUACCUGUCUUUCUGUUGAUAUACAGGCAUACAAAUAUCAGGAUGUUGUUCACUGAUGUAGAUGGUUUUUCUGAAGAGAGGAAUUUGGAAUUUUUUUUCCUUUCUUCCUUGAACCUUUUUUUUUUGAGACAGAGUCUUACUCUGUUGCCCAGGCUGGAGUGCAGUGGUGCGAUCUUGGCUCCCUGCAAGCUCCGCCUCUCAGGUUCAAGCAUUUUCCCACCUCAGCCUCCUGAGAAGCUGGGAUUACAAACGUGCGCCAUCAUGCCCAGCUAAUUUUUGUAUUUUUAGUAGAGAUGGAGUUUUACCAUAUUGGCCAGUCUGGUCUCCAACUCCCAACCUCAGGUGAUCUGCCCGCCUUGGCCUUCCAAAGUGCUGGGAUUAUAGGUGUGAGCCACCACGUCCUUGAACUUUGUCGUUUUGAUGUCGAGGAAGGAACCUCUGACACCGAGGGUGGAACAGCCACCGUUCUGUGCCCCCGGUGCAUUCUCAUCAUCGGGCGUGGGAAGUGUCUGUCCCUGUUUGUGAAGAUACUUUACGCUAUGUGCCACUCCCAUUGCCCUUGUCCAGGGAGGCCAGCAUUCCCUGUGCUUGACAGAUCUUUUUGUUUGCCUAUGUUCUGACAUAAUGUGUUGUUUCCUGUGUUUGCAUUUUUAAGGAACGUAAAUGGUUAUGGGUCAUACGUCUAUUGCCUGUGUGUUUUCACUCAACACUGCCUCUGUAAGCUCCUUCCUUGUUGCCGUGGGUGCAUCUGGCUUGCCUGUUUCCGCACCUUGUAGUGACCUUGCUGCUGUCCAGUUUCGCUUACGCUUCCUGGGUGGUGGGUACCCAGACGCCUGCAGUGCUGCAGGAAGAACCUCACACAUGGAGAAGAAUAUCUGUGGUUCACAGAAAACUGUGCAUUGCCUAGAGGACACUCGUCAAGGUUAUUGGAUUCUACUCUGUCAUCAUUUAGAACUAUCUUAUAACUCUGUUCCUUGUAGGUCACUGAUAGCGGUACAAAAGAAUUCAUAUAGACGGGAAUGUUCUGUGCUAUGUAGUGGAAAUCCAGUGAAUACCUCCCAUCCCCAGGAGAGAGCCCGGUUUGCCUUCACUUGCAUAUUGAUUUAAAUAUCUCUGAUCUCUAAGUGUGGCUGUUCUUUGGAUUCUGUUUUGAACUGGUGAUAACAUCUGUCUGAUACCUUCCUUGAUAAGUGAAUAGACUAAAUUUCAAAUGUGUUCCUUUUUAUAUUUCUAUGAGAGUCAUGAUUUUACUUUUUUUCUGAAAAUUAGCUUUUAACACACAUAUCUCCUUAUGGAUCUGUGUAGAAAUUUACUUGGAGAAAUUUAUCAAAGAAUAGCAUUGCUGGAUGUGCUGGGCAUUACUGAUGUUCAUCAAUAUUCAAUCCUUGCCUCCUUCUGGAAACUCAGAGCGUACUUCCAGCAGUGUGGCUCAUUCUGUCCCCAGGCUGGGAAUAGCCGUGACAGUGUCAUUAGUGGGCCAAAGCAAUGAUAAGCCAUGGUGAGAUCCUUAUGCCACACACUCUCUUCCCUUGCCACAGUGACUGCCAGUGUUUUAGCUCAGGGCUGGCAAACUGGCCCGGGGGCCACAUCCCACUCACCACCUGUUUUUGUAAAUAAAACUUUAUUGGAACACAGCCGUGACAUGUCAUCUGUGGCUGGUUUUGCCUGGAGUUGAGUAUUUGUAGCAGAGGCUGUAUGGCCUGCAAAGCCGGAUGUGAUGUCUUUACCCUCCAGCCCUUUACAGAAAGUUUGCCAACCCCUGUUGUGGAUGUUGGAGCUUUCAGCCGCCUGGGUUCCUCAGAGGCGGCGGGAAGCAGAGCCUACCCCCACGUCACACCAGACACCUGAGCAAGACAUGACCCUUCCCCGGGCUGAGCUGCCAAGCCUGGGCAGACUUGUUGCCAGGCCUCUCCUGGUCAGCCCUGACUGAGUAGGGCUGGCUGCCCCGUGGAAUCGCAGCUUGGCCUGCACUGCAGCCGGUUCCAGGAGGGGCCGUGUGGCCCUCGUCUCCCACACCUGGGAUUAUCAGCUUUCUGACUGUCCCCAGGGCCAGGCAUAGCUGUGCUUCCAGUGGGUAGUGCCCUGUUUCCGUGUGCCUGGCAGCCCCUGGAUUUCUUCUUUCCAUUGCCUGUUUGCAUCCUUUCCUUCUCUUUGGCUAGGAUAGCUGUCCCUUCCUUGUCGAUGUGGAGAAAUUCCUUUCCUAUUUGGAAACUUUAGACAUUACAAAUAACCUCUCACCAUUUCUUGAAUAUUCUGCAUGGCUCAAAUCCUUCAUAAUGAACUUGUAUAAUCUUUAUCCCCCCCAAAAUGAUUCUCCUUAAAAAUGCAAAAGCAAACAAAAAGUGUGGCAAAAGCAGAAAUGCCUUCAGCAAUGGCAGACACGUUGGAGUACGCGGGUGGCCCCCCAGGGAGCUGUUUCCACUGCAGCUGCGUCACUUCCUGGGACAGAUGUGGGCUUUGCUCCUUUGUGGUUCUACCCCUCUCUCUCCCCGAGUUCCACUCGCCCUCCCCACAAACCCAGGAGCAUUUCAGCAGGUGCCCUGCUGGGGCUGGUUUGAAUAAGUCACCUCUUUGGAAAGUGUCCAGAAGACACUGGCUGGCAUGUUGGGGCUCACCAAGGCAGGAACCCGACAGACCCCCAGGCUUCCCUUUCCACUCAGUGAGGAUCAUGACAGUGCCCGGGGCAUGAAACGCGGGCAGCUGGAUCCUGACUGUCCGCGGGUCCGAGGAUCCUCCCCACGCCUGGGCGCUCAGGGCCACCAGCUUACAUCUGCCUAAGCCCUGCGAAAGCAGAGCAUUGCGGGGCCUCCUGAGGCAGCGUCUUUCCGCCGAGGAAUGUUUCUCCAACUCAACGGCUAAACAGGAACCAAGCCGUCCGCGGGGGCCGCUGACCCUCUGGCUGUGCUGGGUGUGUGUUGUUCAGCUCAUGCACUUGUGCACCGAUGCUCGCUGGAUGGUGCAUUCGCUGCGCCGUCUUCUCUGUGCCGUUUGGGUGAAACUUCCUUACUCCCGCCAGGAUCUGCACCCUCCCCUGCCUCGUUUCCUAGCCGCCCCCGUUUAACUGAUUCACAGGUCUCCUGUGCCGGCAUCUGCGCGAGUCCACCCUGCAGCCCCCCAGGGCAGCUCAUGUGAAGACAGAGAGGACACUGAGAUCCAGAGAUCAUGGCAGUGGAUUAACCACAGCUGCCCGGGAACAGACCCCACUGGGCAGGAAGAGACACUGCCCUGGAAGUAGCCGCCUCCCAGGGCAUCCUGGAAGAGGCAUCCUGAAGCUCACACACAGAAGAGCUUCUCCAUUCAUCAUACAGCCUCUGACAAACCAGGAAGCAACUGACCUAUUGCACAAGUUGGAGACCAAAAGCAUAAACCCCGUGUGUGUCAGUGGCUGCCCAGGCCAGCGGCCACCUCAGUGCAGGUGAGGUCUGUCCUCAGGGGGGGCCUGUGCAGCAUGCGGAGUGGCGGGAGGUGUGGGACGGCCAGCCUGGACAGCCGGUGUCUGUAGUGGGCAGAGCACUGCCAUUGCCAUGCUACGGGUUUAUUCCAUAUCACGGUGCUGUGAGCUACAUGCUGUUAUCACCCCCAUUUGCAGAUGGAGAAACUGAGGCCCUGACAGAUGGGGGAGCUGUCCGAGAAGAGAAGUGGGGGCUGCUGGGGAGUGGGGUGCUGGGGUUGCGGCCGAGCACUGGGCUCCCUUCUCUUAUCCCCGAGGCUGUCCUGGCGUCAGGGAUGCAGGGAAAAGGCCACCAACCAAACAGAGCCACAGAAGCACAGCAGUGAGUAUUUGUGGCUGCUCUCCAAGGAUUUAAACCAUGGCUCGGUGGCCCCAGCCAGUGACAGCGUGGCACAUUGGGGUGCUGUGAGCAGUCAUGAUCAGCUGUGAGGUGUGUUACAAAUAAUUUGUUACAAUUAAAGUCGGGCUUCCACCAGAGUGGCUGUAAUAAAAAGGUAGAUGGUAACCAACGUUGACAAGGAUGUGGAGAAACUGGAAGCCUUGUGUGUUGUCAGUGGGGUGUAAAAUGGCCCUGCUGCUUUGGAAAACAGCUUGGUGGUUCCUCAAAAAAUAAAUGAGUAGAAUCAGGAUCAACUCAAGAACACUCAACGCACAUGUCCUCACAGAGUCUCGUACAUGGAUGUUCAGAGCACAUUAUUCACAAUAGCCAAAAAGUGGGAGCAGCCCACAUACCCGUCAGCUGAUGACUGGAUGAGUGGACUGUGGUGCAUACACAUAGCUGAUGAUUGGAUGAGUGGACUGUGGUGUAUACACAUAGCUGAUGAUUGGAUGAGUGGACUGUGGUGCAUACACAUAGCUGAUGAUUGGAUGAGCGGACUGUGGUGUAUACACAUAGCUGACGAUUGGAUGAGCGGACUGUGGUGCAUACACAUAGCUGACGAUUGGAUGAGCGGACUGUGUUGUAUACACAUAGCUGACGAUUGGAUGAGCGGACUGUGGUGCAUACACAUAGCUGACGAUUGGAUGAGCGGACUGUGGUGCAUACACAUAGCUGACGAUUGGAUGAGUGGACUGUGGUGCAUACACAUAGCUGACGAUUGGAUGAGCGGACUGUGGUGCAUACACAUAGCUGACGAUUGGAUGAGCGGACUGUGGUGCAUACACAUAGCUGAGGAUUGGAUGAGCGGACUGUGGUGCAUACACAUAGCUGACGAUUGGAUGAGCGGACUGUGGUGCAUACACAUAGCUGACGAUUGGAUGAGCGGACUGUGGUGCAUACACAUAGCUGACGAUUGGAUGAGCGGACUGUGGUGCAUACACAUAGCUGACGAUUGGAUGAGUGGACUGUGGUGUAUACACAUAGCUGACGAUUGGAUGAGCGGACUGUGGUGUAUACACAUAGCUGACGAUUGGAUGAGCGGACUGUGGUGCAUACACAUAGCUGACGAUUGGAUGAGCGGACUGUGGUACAUACACAUAGCUGAUGAUUGGAUGAGCGGACUGUGGUGCAUACACAUAGCUGAUGAUUGGAUGAGCGGACUGUGGUGCAUACACAUAGCUGAUGAUUGGAUGAGUGGACUGUGGUGCAUACACAUAGCUGACGAUUGGAUGAGCGGACUGUGGUGCAUACACAUAGCUGAUGAUUGGAUGAGCGGACUGUGGUGCAUACCCAUGGCAGACUCAUUAGGCCAUAAAAUGAAUGAAGCUGGGAUCGAGGCCACCGCGUGCAUGAACCUUGACAACAGCCACAAAAAGCACAUAGUGUAUGAUGCCAGUUACUUGACAUGUCCAGAACUGGCAAAUUCAGGAAGACAGAAAAUAGAUGAGUGGUUGCCAGGGGCUGGGAGGAAGGGGAACGGGCAGUGACUGUCCAUGGGCAUGAGGCAUCCUUUUCAGAUGAUGGAAAUGUUCUAAAAUCAUACCGCAGUAGUUAACGCAAUUCUGUAAAUUUCCUAAAAACAUCAUUGAGUUGCAUACUCGAAAUGGGUGUAUUUUAUGGUAUAGAAGCUAUGGCUCAGUGACGUUGCUUUUAAAAACUGAUGGCAAAGUAGAGUGCAUGGGCUCAUGUUGGCAGGUUCUUGACCAUUUUGCAAUGACAGCUGUGCGGUGAACGUCUCUGGGGUGGCCACUGCGGACUGCCCCCAGCCCUCCCCUCUGCUCCUGAUUGGUCAAGAGGGGGCAUGUGGCCAUGGACACACGAGGGGAGGGCAGCUGGGGCUUCCAGAAAAGAUUACAUCACUUGUACUUAUUUCUUUAAGACUUAUUUCUUUUUUAUUUUUAUUUUUUUGAGACAGGGUCUCUCUCUGUCACCCAGGCUGGAGUCCAGUGGCACGAAGGUGACUCACUGCAACCUCCACCUCUCAGAUUCAAGCAAUUCUCCUGCCUCAGCCUCUCGAGUAGCUGAGAUUACAGGCAUGCACCGCAACACCCGGUGCCUGGCUAAUUUUUUUAUUAUUAGUAGAGACAGGGUUUCGCCAUGUUGGCCAGGCUGGUCUUGAACUCCUGACCUCAGGUGAUCCACCCGCCUGGGCCUCCCAAAGUGCUGGGAUUACAGGCAUGAGUCACCACAACCUGGCCAAGACUUACUUUUUUAAAAGCAGGUUUAGGUUCACAGCAAAUCUGAGCGUAAGGCAGGGAUUUUCCCCAUGCCCCCUCCUCCACGCUUGCAUCCUUGUUCCCCACCAGAGUGUCCCUGUCCUGGUGUGUGAGCCUGCACUGACCCGUCGCCAUCCCCCAGCCUGCAGUUUACUUUAGGGCCCCCUCGGUGUUGUGCCUGCUAUGGGUUUCAGCAAACGCAUAAUGACACGUAUCCACCGUUUCAGUGUCACGCAGAGCAGCCUCCUGCCCUAACAGCGUCUGUGCUCUGCCUGUUUAUUUCCCUGCCCCCACUUACCUUUAAGGAGACACCAGGAGCAAUGCCCAUUCUCUGCCUGGGGACACUGCCGCCUCUACCAUGUCCCGCUGCCCUGCCAUCCUGAGGAAAGCCAGCAGAGACCCUGGCAGAUCCUGGGGCCUGGAAGCUGCUUGUGUGAGUCAGCAUGCACAGGGCAUCUGCUGCCCACACCUCCGCUUGGCCUGACCAACAGUCACUGUUCACUCUCUUCCUGCACCCUCAUGAGUGCUCUUGAACAGGAGAAGUUCUGGGGCUGGAGCCACAGCUGCCCUUGUAAUAACUGCAGGAUCCCAGCACCUGGUUCAGGCUGCCCAGCCCUGGGGGAGCCGGGAGUAAUAACAAGGUCUGUAUUGAGAAGCACCUUCCAGGUAUUGCAACACAGGGCGUUUCUGAAAACAACAGUUUCCCUGUGUGUUAGUCUGUUUUCACGCUGCCAAUAAAGACAUACCCAAGACCAGGUAUUUUAUAAAGAAAAAGAGCUUUAAUGGACUCACAGUUCCAUGUGGCUGGGGAGGCCUCACAAUCAUGGCAGAAGGUGAAAGGCAUGUCUUACAUGGCGGCAGGCAAAAGAGAAUGGGAGCCAAGAGAAAGGAGUUUCCCCUAUAAAACCAUCAGAUCUUGUGAGACUUACUCCCUACCAUGAGAACAGUAUAGGGGAAACCACUCUCAUGAUUUAAUUAUCUCCCACCAGGUCCCUCCCACAACAUGUGGGAAUUAUGGGAGCUACAAUUCCAGAUGAGAUUUAGGUGGGGACAGAACCAAACCGUAUCAUCCCGAUCAGUUAUGUCAGUGGGAGUGAGACAGGCAGGGAGUCCCUGUCCUCAACUCUGUGGGAAAAUAUUACGCACCAUGAGCUGAGCGAUGGGGACAAAUGCAGAAAUGGGAAGUGCAGGCUGCUCCCCGAGGCCCGAUCUCUGACCCCCACACGGCCCUGUCGGCCUGCAGGGCCCAGGGAAUCCGGUCAGCGAUGAAUUGUAAUUUUCCCAUCCAGUGGCACAGGUCACCAUCCACAUUACAAACGUGGAUUUUCACUGGAUGAGCUAAAAUCUGUUCACCAAAUGUGUUUGAGUGGCCUUUGGGUUGGCUCUUACUUUACACUUAACACCACAGGGCAGGCAGGGACUGGGGGAAACGAGGGCCUUCCAAUACUUGCCAGGUCCUGCAGGGCAGGGCUGGCCACAGAGGGAGGCACCCCGUUCAAUUUUGCAUCCUGGGAACCAGCGCUGAGAGACAGCCAGGAAGGACAUGGCAGGUGCUAUUUCGGACCAGAGGCGAGAGAGAAGGACUCUCCCAGGAAGAGCAGGCAGCGUCCAUGCAGGGGAGGCCUCCAUUCCAGGGGCGCCAGAGGUGGUUCUGAGGCUGUGGGUAAGGCAAAGUGGGGAGGGCCAGGCUGGUGGGCACGCGGCAGCUGCACCAACUACACUCCUAGGCGCCAGUGGGAGCUUGGAUUGAAACCUGGUGAGCGAGAGGGAGUGGGGUUGUCUGAGUUGCAGGCCCAUGUGUGGAAAACGGGUGGGGGCGGAGGUGGCUGGUCCAUGCGGUGGACAGAGAGAGCCAGAGAAAGGAACGAAGUGAUUCAUGCUGCACGGAGGUCACAGUGAGAACGGUGCGCUGAGACCUGUCAAAGGACAGACAAUCGCAGCUGACAGGACGAAUGAGGUCCAGCGCCCUCUACCGCUCUAGGAUGACUCUGCACUUACUAAUCACGUGCAGCUUCAAACAAGGAGGAUGUUGAAUGCUCCCAGUACAAAACAGGGAUAAAUGUUUAAGAUGAUGGGUAAGCGAAUUACCCUGAUCUGAUCACUGUACAUGAUACGGAUCCAAACAUCAUGAGUAUGUACAAUUCGUCAAUAAAAAAAUAAAAUGAAAAGGUGAUGAGAAAAGAAGCCAGACGUCAAGGACCCCGUAUUGUUACAAUUCCUUUCAUGCCAAAUGUGCAGAGUGAGAUUUGGUUCGUGGUUCGUCAGGCUGGGGGUGGGGGUGGGGAGGCAGGAGGUGGAGUGGGAACUAGGAGAAGGUUAAGACCCACCUGCCCCCCACUCCCUCCCAACAUGGCAGUGACUCUGCUGAGAAGUGGCUGGUGUCAUCACAUGUGGGAGGCAGAGUUCAUGGGACAGUGUGGAGACUAGGAUCCAGGGCAGGAGAUGGUGCCUAUUAGUUUACUUAAAUCUGGCCAGGCGUGGUGGCUCACACCUGUAAUCCCAGCAUUUUGGGAGGCCAAGGCAGGAGAAUCGCUUGAGGCCAGCAGGAGGAUCGCCUGGGGCCAAGAGCUCAAGACCAGCCUGGGCAACAUGGAGAAACCCCACCUCUACAAAAAUUAAUAAAUUAUCCAGGCCUGGCGGUGUGCACCUGUAGUCCCAGCUACUCUAGAGGCAAAGGCAGGAGGAUUGCUUGAGCCCAGAUGUUCAAGGCUGCAAUGAGCUGUGAUCGUGUCACUCCACUCCAGCCUGGGUGACAGAGUGAGAUGCCCUCUCUAAAAAAAUUCAAAAUACAAAACUGGAUCAUUCAAAUCUAUGAUCCAAUCCGCUUAUGGAAUGGUGUUACCUUGAUUAGUCUCUCUUCCCUGUAAUUUUGGGACGUGCCCCUGUUUCACUGACUUCGUUCCGUACAGGGCCCUACAUAUCAUUCCUUAGAUCCUUGGAGCACCUGAUGCCUGUCAAAGCAUUUUCACACACAGGGUUUUACAAGACACUCCCCGUAGCCCUGGGAGGAGGCUGCAGGGACUUUGCAAAUGUAGCUGUGCAGUAAGGUGGAGGCUCUGAGAGAUCCCGCCACUGCACUCCAGCCUGGGCGACAGAGCGAGACUCCAUCUCAAAAAAAAAAAAAAAAAAAAAGCAGAGGUGCAGAUGAAGGGCAGCUCUUCAGAGCCCAGCACUGUGAGUGUGAUUUGUCCAGAGGGAUGGAGGCUCUUGGGGAGCCCCAAGGCAGCUGUCUUCUCACAGGACGUUACAGCCUGGGGGCCGCUAUGGCCUGUGGGCCAGCCUUCUCAUCUUGCUGAGCUUGUAUUCAUUCACUGAGUAAACACUGACUGGGCACCUGCUGUGUGCCAAGCACUGGUUUGGGCACUUGGAGAUCUGGAGGGCACAGUGCAGGUGGAGACCCUGCUUGGGGGAAAGACGCUGUGGCGAGGAGACCCCGCUUGGUGGAAAGACACUGUGGCGAGGCGAGUGGUGUCCCCAGAACAUGUGUCCACCUGGGACUUGUGAAUGUGACCUCAUUUGGAAAAGGGAUCUUUGCAGAUAUAUUAGUUAAGGAUACUGAGAUGAGCUCAUCCUGGCUUUCAGGCACACCCUCAUCCAAUGACAAGUGUCAUCGAAGGAGAGGGAGGGGGCUGUGUGAGGACAGGGGCAGGGGCUGGAGCGAGGUGCCUGCAUGCCAGGGGUGCUGGGCACCUCCAGAGAGGCCCGGAACAGCUUCUUUCCUGCAGCCCUGCAGACACCUUGAUUUCUGCAGAAGUGAGAGAGACUACAUCACGUGGAUUAAGCCGGUCUGCCCCAAAGAGCUCAUGCCUGUGGCCAGGGUGAAAGUUGCUGUUCAGAUGCUCACAGGGAAAAAGCCAAUGGGACCAGAAGCACUCAAUUUAGCAAAUCAAGUCACUGCUCUGCUCAAAACCCUCCGAGGCUCCCACGGCCCUAAAAAGCUAAACGCCAUUCUCCACAGGGCCCUACUGCCCCCCGACCUCCCUCCCUGCCACACCCCUCCUGGACUCUGCCCCUCCUCCUGGGCAUGCUGUACCCGUCCACCAGGACCCUGCGGCCUCCUGACCUCCCUCCCUGCCACACCCCUCCUGGACCCUGCCCCUCCUCCUGAGCUCGCUGUACCCGUCCACCGGGGCCUCCAUGCCUGCUGUUCCCCUGCCCGAAACUCUUCUGCACGCCCUCUGGUCCGGCUCCCGGUGCAUCCUUGCCUUCCACCUCCCUGUUUCCCACAACCCUGCCCUGUGUACCUUUCCUUCCUGGUGCUCACCACUGAUUGGCCAGGUGCCACCUGUGAGCCUGUAGAGCUCUUUGGGGGUGGCAGGCAGGGUCAGCAGAGGCUGCGGACAGCGGGGUGCAGAGGGACUGGAGCCAUUGCCUGCAGACAGGCAGGACCGUCUUUCUGCUUGGUGUGACCUGGUCAUUUCUCUCGGCGAAGUGGCGAUCAGGACGGGAUCCAUGGGGACGGGGUCAGGAAAGGUCUCUGAGGAGGGCAUCCUGGGAGAUGAUCUGCAUGCACGGCUGAAGGAGGAAAUUUGCAGGGGGUGUGAAGGUCAUGGCAAAGGUCAGAGCAGGGGCAAUGGAGGAGCAGGGGUGGCGGAGGAGCAGGGGUGGUGGAGAAGCAGGGCUGGCGGAGGAGUAGGGGCGGUGGAGAAGCAGGGCUGGCGGAGGAGCAGGGGUAGUGGAGAAGCAGGGCUGGCGGAGGAGCAGGGGCAGUGGGGGAGCAGGACUCGCUGAGGAGCAGGGGCAGUGGAGAAGCAGGGCUGGUGGAGGAGCAGGGGCGGUGGAGAAGCAGGGGCAGUGGAGGAGCAGGGGCAGUGGAGGAGCAGGACUGGUGGAGGAGCAGGGGCAGUUGAGAAGCAGGGCUGGCUGAGGAGCAGGGGCAGUGGGAGAGCAGGGCCGGCGGAGGAGCAAGAGCAGUGGAGGAGCAGGGGCAGUGGAGGAGCAGGGCUGGGGAGGAGCAGGGCUGGUGGAGAAGCAGGGGCGGUGGAGGAGCAAGAGCAGUGGAGAAGCAGGGGUGGUGGAGAAGCAGGGCUGGCGGAGGAGCAAGAGCA